AUGUGGCAAGCUUCUUUCGGUUCGCGGUUCGGAACGGUUCGGGGCCGGUCCGAACCAAAGUCGAACCAUCCGCCCAAUGGCAGAACCGAGAACCGUACUAUGGUCCGGUUCUGGCUGACACCUGGACCGUGGACCGAACCACAGGAGAACCGGACCAAAAGUCCAGUUCGAACCAUGGUUCAGGACCGGACCACGGCAGCACUACUUGAACGAGCCGAAACUGAUAAAGGUGAUGGGAGUCAGAAGCUUAGAAAGACAAAAAUAGAGUCGGGAAACGUACCUCCGAAAACAACAAGCCAGUAUACGAGUUCUCCCUCAUUUGAGGGUCUCAUCUUGCACUACCUGGACCAACUGGAAAACCUCCUGCCUGUAUUGGUUUUGGUCCAAAUCCUUCCGUUCUCUGAGUUUCUUGUUGAUUCAACCUCCCCGACUGCAAAGUUAGCAACUAUGAUUUGCGGAUUGGAGCAGCUCACCCGAGCGAUCAGAGAAUUUUUGUCGACACGAAAGUCGUAUCCUCAUCAGCUUUUAGGGGUGAUACGAUGCCUCUGGGCCACUGGGAGCGCCAACCUGGGCUCACUGUUUACUACGGAGGAAAUUUGGGCCAGGGCGUACUACUCUGAGCUGAUUAUCCCAGGCCUCAACACCAAUAGCAUACCCGAAAAACUCAUUCGACACACGCUGGAAAGAGUGCUGCUAUACCUCGCUGACGCGGAACGUAUGUGCUUCACUAACCAAACACAAUUAAUCGGCGUUGGGAAUAUUUGCUUCUGUAUUCGUCAGCUGCGCCAGACGAUUUCACAUCACUUAUUAUUCCAAACAUUCCACCCCAUUUCCACUUCCAUACAGAAGGGAGGUCUGGUGCCCGAAUUCGUCGAUCAUGAACCGGGUUUUACAAACAUUGUACUACUUCAGGAUGCGGUGAGAGUCCACACUCUGGAUCAGGACAAUCUGCAACCCGGCGGACCGAAAACAUGGAGCAUAUUCCUCGGAGCCGUGUUCAUUAUUCUAGGAUUCAUUUCAUCACAUCACACCUGUUUCAUCUUCAGCUUGCUUUCUGCCCCACCCAAUACAACCGAUGGUUUGAUGCGACAGACCUCAGGCUGGUCUUCGGCACAACUUGUAGCAUCCGCUGGCGUGAUUGGAUGCUUUUGUGAUAGGGUGCGGGCGGGCGCAGUGACGAUCGGCACAAUACCCUAUGCAUUUGGCAUCCUUUUGGUGCUAAUAUCCCCGCAAUUUGCAUCCUCACCGCUCGUCAGAUACAUUGACGCUAUAUCCACUGACCAUCUGAUGUUUCUUUCUGUGGUCCCCCUUUUGCUCUUCUCUUCCCAUGAACAGAGCUUCUGGGCCGCAAUCGAAAAUACUGCGGUGCUCUAUGUAGUUAUUCGUCUGCUGGCCUUUGCGGUCGACAAGAGCAGUAUGAAGAGGAAGCGUAGAGACCUGGUUCGAAUUAGUCGGAAGUACAACAGAAGGAAUGAAGAGCAAGGAGAGGUGUACAAAUUGCAAAGGUAUUUUCUCUCUUCCUCCCGCGCUCGCGUGCCACUCAAACCGACAGGCUCUGCCUUGUGGUCAGAUUAUUUAUUCCUGACGUGCAUCUAUGCUAAGGCGAGCAGCAAAAACAUCACAAUACAAGAACUCGCAGCAAUCUGA